AUGCUCAUCUCUAGCACCUACGGUAAAUCCAAUGUCAAAUUCCUUAAAGUUCACCGAAUUGAUGAAACAAAACACAACAUAAUUGAAGCUAAUGUUGAAGUACUUCUUCGUGGGAGCUUCGAUAUUGCUUAUACCAAAGGAGACAACACGCCCAUCGUCCCUACUGAUACCGUCAAGAAUACUAUUUUAGUAUUGGCUCAGAAAGAGAAUACGUGGCCCAUUGAAAGAUUUGCUGCUACUUUGGUAAAUCAUUUUGUCAACAAGUAUGAACAAGUUGGCGGUGUUGAAGUCAAGAUUGUUGAGAAUAGUUGGAGUAGGAUCGGUGAUCAUCCUCAUUCCUUUCAGCAUGAGGGUCCAGAAACAAGGCGUACUGUAUUGGAUUAUGAGAAAGCACUGGGGAAGUUGCAAUUGGCUAGCUCAAUUAAUGGAUUGACUUUGUUGAAAUCUACUGGGUCAAUGUUUUACGGAUACAAUGUAUGUGAUUUCACCACGUUGAAGCCAACCUAUGAUAGAAUAUUAUCUACUGAUGUUGACGUUAGUUGGAGGUACGAUCCUGAUAUGAUAUCUACACUUGGUUUAAUUGAGAAAUAUGCCGAUUCUGGGUUGUUUGAUGAUGCUUAUACCAAAGCUAGAAACACAACUUUGGAUAUUUUCUGUGAGGAGAAAUCCGCUUCGGUUCAAGCAACCAUGUACAACAUGUCACAAAAGAUUUUACAGUUGGUUAAGGAAGUAGCUGAUGUCAGUUAUGAAUUGCCUAACAAACAUUACAUAUUGUAUGAUUUGAAAUGGAAAGGAAUUGACAAUGAUGUUCUUUUCUAUCCUUCUCCUGAUCCCAAUGGUCUUAUCAAAUGUACUGUUGGUAGGAAUUAG